CUUUCUCGAAACGAUAAUCACCGUCCUCACCCCUUGGUACUCAGUAGAGCAGAGACACUGACGCCGCGCCACUGUGAAUCUCCAAAAGAGAGAGCGAAAAUGUCGAAGCUCGGUCUUCUCCGCGCCGUAAUCACGUCAAACCUCGCCGUACGUACGGCCGUGCGGCAGAACCGCGGCCUCCCUAUGCUCCUCGGCGAACCGGCGAGACGGUUCUCGACGGAAGCCGAAAACCCGCCUCAGAACUCCCCGCCGUCUGAUCAGCCACAGGAUGCUUCACCGAUCGAACCAUUUCUCCAAACCCCAACCACAGGUUUGGUGUAUGGGAAGCUGCUUGGAAUCUCGAGGUAUACGCUGAAGACCGAUGUCGUGAAUAUGCUGGAGGGCUGUAAUUUGAGCCUGGAGGAUGUCAAAGUUGAUUACAAUCGGGCCUUCACGCCGAUGGGAAUGGUAGUGCAAUUCCGGUCAUGGAAGGCUUUUGAUAAUGCAGCUAGGGUGAUUUCCAGGAAGGGCCGCCUGUAUAAAUUGGAGAGGGCUAACCGAUCGCUGUGGGACAAUCUUACUCCCCAUGAUGGAAAAACUGUUUUAUUGCAAGGAAUUCCUCAAACUGCUGCUCCAGAAGAUGUAGAACGGUUUUUGUCUGGUUGUGAAUACGAUUCGUCUUCCCUCCAGAUAAUUUUCAGGUCUUUCCCAGAACCCUCUAAAUUUGCGACUGUUCGCUUUCCGUCUCAAACCGAGGCAAUGAAUGCAUUCCUUGCGAAGAACAAAGGCUUCUGUCAGAAUGGUCAAAUUUUGAUGCGCGUUCUCCAGUAAUCCUGGUUUGUUGGUUCCCUUUGUCAGAAGAAUUGCUAUGAGACAUGAUAAAAUGAGAAUAGGAUUAUGUAGUAUCAUGUCGUUAUGCGGCACUUUAGGAAUUUGCAUGGUAUACGAUAUGUCUUUUUAUGAGGCCGUGUUUUUAUUUACUGGAUUCAACUCAGGAGUAGAAAUGUGUUCAUUCCUUAUGCAGGAAUGGGUAUUCCAUUCUUUCUUUUAAUCCCAAGUCCUGUUGCUAAUA